CGGUUCCUGUGAACACCGAUAUCAAGCAAGAUCACAAGAAAAAGCGAACCCUGCAGUUAAUUUGCACUUCUAAUUAACACCAUUAACAAUAUGGAGAUGAGGCUACCAUUCUUCUUCUUCUUCUUCUUUUUCAUAUUCAUUUCCUUCUUCACUCCAUCUUGUUCUUCCUCUCAAGCUCCGCCCACUGAACCCGCCGGCGACACCAACUAUUGGUGCAGCACCACCCCUCACCCCGACCUCUGCCGCCGUUUCGCCCGCCGCUCCCGCCCAAAAUGCAGGGCCGAAUUCUUGCUGACGGCGGUGGAAGCCGCCCUGCACCGAGCCCUCCACGCCCGUAGCCACUCCCGGAAGCUGGGGCGGCGCUGCCGGAGCCGCCACGAGAGGGCCGUCUGGACGGACUGCUCCAAACUAAUAGACGACACGGUUCUCCAGCUCAACACCACCUUCCACGGCCUGAAAACCAACGGAAGCUGCACCGAUUUGGACGCCCAGACCUGGCUCAGCGCCGCCCUCACCAACCUGGAGACUUGCCGGCGGGGAUCGGGGGACCUCAACUUGUCAGACGGUUUCAUUCUCCCAUUGGUUUCCGGCAAUGUAUCGGAGCUCAUCAGCAACUGCUUGGCCAUCAAUGGGGCUUUGGUUGAGCAGCGAGAGGACAAAGACGAGGGGUUUCCCAGCUGGGUUUCUCGUAGUGAAAGGAAGCUUCUGGAAUCUUCGUCGUCCCUGCAAGCUAAGGCUACGGUGGUGGUGUCGAAAGAUGGGUCGGGAAGUUUCCGGUCGAUUCAGGAGGCCAUAAACCGUGCGACGGCAACGAAGGUCGGGAAUGGAAGGAUUAUAGUGUACGUGAAACGAGGUGUGUAUAGCGAAAACGUUGACAUAAGCAGAGCCGUGGUUAACCUAACGCUGGUCGGAGAUGGGCUGAGAAACACCAUAAUCACCGGCAGCAGGAGCGUUUCGAUGGGCUACACCACUUACAGCACCGCCACCGUCGGAGUAGAUGGCUUUGGAUUCAUCGCACGCGGAAUCACGUUCCGCAACACGGCGGGGCAGGAAAAAGGCCAGGCGGUGGCGCUCCGGUCGGCAUCCGAUCUCUCCGUCUUCUAUGCCUGCGCCUUCGAAGGCUACCAGGACACUCUCUUCGUUCAAGCCCAGCGCCAGUUCUUCAAAUCCUGCGUCAUCUACGGCACCGUCGACUUCAUCUUCGGCAACGCCGCCGUCGUCUUCCAGAACUGCAACCUCUACGCUCGGAAGCCCCUCCCCGGCCAAGCCAACACGAUCACCGCCCAGGGUCGGGGGGACCCGUUUCAGAACACCGGCAUAUCCAUCCAGAACUCCCGGAUCCUCGCCGCCGCCGACCUGACAGACGACGUCCAAACUUACCUGGGGCGGCCAUGGCAGGAAUUUUCUCGAACAGCUUUCUUAAAAUGCUAUAUGGGCAGCUUGGUGAAUCCGGCAGGGUGGUCGGCAUGGGGGGAUACAAACUUUGCUCAAGACACAUUGUACUAUGGAGAGUACAAGAAUUUCGGGCCGGGAGCUUCGACGGACAGGAGAGUGAAUUGGCCAGGGUACCAUGUGAUAACAGAUGCAACAGUGGCGGCGGAGUUCACUGCAGCGAACCUCAUCGCCGGCCGAACGUGGUUGGGCUCCACGGGAGUGCCGUUCGCCACUGGUCUCUAAUCUAUAAUAAUAAUCCAUAAAAUAAUGGCGUUGUGUAUAUAUAUUUACAUUGGGUUUACAUUAUGGUGGUUGUGAUUUUAUGUAGUGGUACAUACGUACGUACGUAGACACGAGGAUUUUUCUUGUAAAAAUAUUUGAAUAAUUUAACAAUAUAUAAUAUUCAU